AUGCGGCUAGUCCCUGGGCGCACACCGACGCUCCCUGGCGCUAAAGGUUCGCACGCCGCUGUAGACGGUGAGCUCGGACUGAGCCACGAACACCGCCAGAUAUUGGAUGAGUUGCGUGGUGAAUCACCCAACGUUAGCGUGGAGCCGUCUGGGGAUUUUGAUUUGAGGGGAGAUGACGCAGAUUGGGAAGAAGUAGGAGAACUUACGGGAGAUCAAGCGAUGGCUCAGUCCAUCCAUGAGCUCGUGGCUCAACAAUGGCAAGGCCAACGUUACCACGAUGGGCGGACUCGACGGCAACGCAGGGAACGGCUGACAGCGAACUGGAAGCCACUGAUGGAGUCAAUGACGGCUGCCUACCUCCGCUGGAAGUACCCUCAAGCCCCCUUGCAUCCCCCGUCGUCUACGCCUGCUCCCUAUUUUGAAGACCCUCAAUCUAUGGAGACAUCGAGUGCCGAUGAUCGUUCUUCUGAGAGCGGACAGCCACAACCGCAAUCUGUUCCGGAGGACCCGUCCACUGAAUACGACUUUUCUAUAGAAGUGCUUGACAUCUUUUCACUAGAUACCAUUGCAACUAUCAAGCGUUCGAGUGAAGAUUCAACUGCCGCCGCCAUUGUUGAAAGCGGUUUCAUCCCCCCCACCCCGUACUCCCCCUCCCUUUUAGUUUCUGUCAAGACCCUGGAACUCUUCCGCCGUCUUCGGCUCCGCAAGCCAUCGUUCAGCGUAGAGGCAUUCGCAAAGGUCGUCUGCGACUUUUACAAUAUGCCCUAUCGUUACCGCUUCCGAAAUGCUUUAGCGGAGUCAUUCGAUGUUUACCUCUGGAUUCUACGGGAGAUCGACGCACAUAUCAAGACCACUCUUCAUCAAGAUUCUCCCGACUGGCGCGCUCUGCAUUCCUGCCCACCCUGUAGCUAUGAACUUGAGGGCGAGCCAGCUCUCAAAUUCCGUCGGAUGAUUGUUAUCGACGGCAACAACUCUCUGAAGCGAACUGCUCAUGUCGGCCACCGUCAGACUGCUGACACGCGGACCUUUGAUGAAGGGGACUACUUCCUUGCUCCGCAAUACGUUGAUCAAUUUGCUAACGAGGUACGCAGCCGGCCCCUCCCGCCUACUGAUCGGGAGGACAUGGAAGAUCUUGACUCAUUGUCGCUGGCGGCUGACGGUGCCACCCCCUGUGCCGACAACUGGAAGGCUGCCGCCGCAACCGAGCAUAAAAAGAUGUGGGCCGUUUUUGAGGAAACAGGUAUCUUUGCCUGCGCGUGCAGACAUGGGUUCAUGCUAUGGAUUGCAGAUAUGAUACGUAGUGGUGAACUGGCCAAGUAUCCGUUGGCCAUGGUUGCGAAGGCCCUCGAGACAUUAGGCUCCGAUAUUCUGAUGGGAUAUGACAUCGGGUGCAGUUUUAGCUCGACCCUGGCCCAUAGUUCCCUUUCCUCGAAGGCACAGGAACUGCGGUUUCGCCUGUGCGUCAAUGCAUUUCACGGGUACUCUCAUAACUACGCAUGUCAGAUGAAGAACCAUCCAAACAUCAUUGAGGGCAUGGGCCUCGAGGAUCUCGAGACACUCGAACGUAUCUUCAGCAGCUCGAAUCAACUUGCUCGGAUCAUUCGUUACUCUUCCGCGUUCCGGCGCCGGCUCUACAUUGACACAUACUUUCAUCAAUGGGAUGAAGACAAAUACCUAAAUCUCGGACAAAUGUUACUCAAUAACUAUAAACAAGCUCUUCUUAUCAAGUCUGAGGAGAGCGCGAUGCUAGCUGAAACUAUGCAGUCUGCGAACGUCACCUACGAAAAUCUCGCUGAGUGGAAGGAAGAUCAACAGCACUAUUUCGCGACCCUUGGCCAGGAACCUGAAUACAAUGUUGUUGCGAUCGAGUACGUUGAGUUAGCAAAGAUGCAAACAACCAGCUCCCGUUUUCUGACGACAACGGCGACAGCAUAUAAUUUCCGCUUUGCAGACACGGGAUACGGUCAGGCAUAUGGCCUGGACCUCUCGACUACUCGCAAGCUUGAGACAGAGCGCCGGUUUGCGCGGGAGCAAUACCAGUCAACAUUGCAGGAUGUCAUUGCUAUGGAAGUGUCGAUGGGGAUUGAUAAACGCUGGGAACCGGCCGACAAGACAUAUCUUGACACUGUCAAGUAUAUGCACCUCAGACGCUAUCACCGUGCGCUCGAAACACUUCAAAAACUUGUUAUUCAGCGUCUAUUUGAACUUCACAAGAUGAAUCUCUCGGGAACCGGUUACAAAUUACGAACUCACAUUGCGAAGUCCCUGCAAACACGAUGCAAGGCGAUUCAGAGGGCCGUGAACGCAUAUAACUCCGCUGCACUAGAACUCGAUCCUCCUCGACCCACACUCGACUGGUCCCAAGUUUCUCACUACUCAUUCCUUGAAGACUUUGAUCUCCUUCGCAGCACUCGUCAGGACAUUCGCGCAAAACCAUGGGCCCAACCACUUUUCUGUGAGAUGAUAAAGCGUGCUAACCGGCUUCAACGUGCGGAGGAAGAAAUCCUACGAUGCAAUAUUGAAAGCCGUCGUUUAUUGACAUCAAUCGCUGAUGAAGAAUGCGAGUUUGAUGAGAUAUUGAGCCAGGCCGAAGCUACCCAUGACCCACAUCUUGGGGCAUUGCACGAUCAUAUUAUCCGUAGGUGUAAGGGCAACCUCAAGAUGGCCGCAGAGUGCAAGCCUAGCAGAGGGAGAAUCCAAAGAGAUGAAUAA